AUUCAGUGUAUGAAGCCGUCUGUGCAGUACUGUUAUUUGGACGCACGGGGGCACCACUGAGUUUUAUAAAUAAAGUUAUUUUAAUUUCAAACAUGGCGGCUGCCUGUGGUCCAUCCUCGCCGGAGAUGUGAACACUUUGCACAUUUUGGAAACAUAAUACGAUUGGCUGAAUUACGAACGGGAAGCAUGUCCACUCCAAGGAAACCUCAACCCAAAGCCAAAAAGCAGAUUCCAGCCAAGACCUCCUUCACCUCACCCUUUACCCCAACAUGGAGCCCACUCCAUCAAGAAGACAUGCAUUUUAUCCUAAAUACCUUGAAGGAAAAACUUCUCAGCAUGGGCCUUGAAAAGAAAGAGGUGAAAGUGUUUCACUCGUGGAGAAAAAAGAAAGAACAGAGACUUACAGAAGAACCGUCAGAUCCAGUUCCUCAAGUCUUGGAUUUUCCCAAAAACGGCUGGACAAAUGCGGCAGCGCGACGACAGCUGGCCAUCGGCAUCAACGAGGUCACCAAAGCUCUGGAGAGAAACAACCUCAAACUGGUGCUUGUGUGCAAAUCUGUCAAACCAAAACACAUGACGAACCACUUGAUGACGCUCAGCGCGACGCGCGGUGUUCCAGCCUGCCAGGUGCCUCGUCUGAGCGAGAGCGUGUCCAAGCAGCUGGGACUGAAAAGCGUCCUCGCACUCGGGUUCAGACGCGGCGCCUCGAAAGACGAAGAGGUCUUCACUGACACUGUUGUUGCUAUUGAACCCAGGGUGCCAGCACUGGAUGUGGCGUGGCUCCACGGCGCAGCAGCAGCAGCAGAUGCUUUAACACAGGCUGCUGACAAGGAGGAGAAUAAGGAGAAGAGAGGAGAGAAGAGGAAACUGGAGGAGGUCACAGAGUCUCCCUCCUCCUGCUCUCUGCUGCCUCUGAAAGUGAAGAAAAUUGUUGCCAACCCUUUAAAGAAAAGAGUGAAGAAGGUUAAGUCAUAGGCAGACAAAUGGAACAGAAACUCUGUUUGUUUAAUCUAGUGGUUGUGUCCUUUUCAUAGAUCUAGAAGUAAAUUCUCCUUUCUAGAUUGUUUGAUUGGAUUUUGUUUUACAAUUUAUAAAUCUUUUAUCUUUCAAAGAAAAAUAUAAUUUGCGUGACCUGAAACAGUUUUUUAUUUAAUCUAUUAGAGAUGUGACUCGAAUUGCUCACUCCAUUUCAUAUAAUUAUGGUAUUACUGCAGCGUUCUUCAUGCAAUAAUAGCUCAUGACUCAUGGCUCUUUUUUUUUAGUGAGUUUAUUCAAUCAAAUAUCCAUGCUGGUAUAGCUGACGUGUGAGUUGACAGAUUAUUUGCAUGGGGUCAUGUCUAUGUGAUGCUGGUACAAGUUCUUCAGCUUUUUCACAGCCUACAAUGGAUUUGAAUAAAAAUAUUGUUCUUCCGAAA